AUGUCGUUCCAGGCAACUGCGUUUGCCUACCUGUUUCCAGGCAGCGCCAUGGUCAAUUCGCUUCUGGCAACAGCUUACAUUUCGAUCUUUCCAAAUCUGCUUCUUUAUUUCGUGCCACCUGAUAUUAACACUUCCGCCUUAAACGUGUUGGUCAGCUUUGCAGUUGUGCUUGUUCUUCAUGGGGUCGUAUGUCUUAAUAACGAGCAACCACAAAAAAAAAUAGGUGGUUUGUUGGGCGAUGUCUUUCUACAUCUGCUGCCACACGCGUUUCUCGGAGAACACGUCGAAAGUGGCGCCGCUGUCCAUGUAAAUGAACAAAAGAACGUACUGAUUGGCAUGGGCAUCUUUGGUGGCCUGUUUUUCUUUUUCGUCAUGGACAAGUUGAUGCGCGUAUUUAAUGGCGGAGAUGGUCAAGAACACGGUCAUCAUCACCAUCAUCACGAUACGAAAAAGAACGAGGACGAGAGCGUGGCUAUUCAUAAAAAGGACGAUGACAACGAUAAGCAAUCGGAAGGUCUUCGCCAACGUAAGAAGGGCGAUGACGGUGACGUCACGAAAGAAAAGGACGAGCACGAGCAUGAUGAUAAGGCCAAGACUGACAAUGGUAUCAAAUUGAGUGCCUACUUGAACUUGUUUGCCGACUUUACGCACAACAUGACGGACGGAUUGGCCAUGGCAGCUUCAUUUUAUGCGUCCCCGAGCGUUGGCGCGACAACAGCCGUUGCUGUGUUUUUCCACGAAAUCCCACACGAGGUUGGCGAUUAUGCUAUUCUCAUCCAGUCUGGUUUCAGCAAGCAGCGCGCCAUGAUGGCACAGUUCACCACGGCCGUGGGCGCAUUCCUCGGCACAAUUAUUGGUAUCGUUAUUGAGCAGGUCUCGCGGGCCGGUAGUGACGAGGGUUCAGCAUCGAUGGACGAUAAGCUUCACGCAGAGCUGCACAACCACGGCGGCAGUGGCGGUAUUCUUGAUACCGGAUUGCAAUGGAGCGACUUGGUUAUCCCGUUCACAGCUGGAGGAUUCAUGUACAUUGCAACUGUGGGCGUUAUUCCUGAGCUGCUGCAAGUCACAGGCAAGAUGCAGAAGGAUCGUCGACAGGCCUUGGCCGAGUUUGGAGCCAUGUUGGUUGGAUUAAGCCUGAUGGCUGUUAUUGCAUGGAACGAAGGAGGUGCAUAAAAAACAUCUAGACAUUGUCUUUCUUUCUCUCAAUCUCUCUCUCAAUCUCACAUAUUACUGGUAUCUUGAAUGAAUAAAUCAAAUAAAAAUGACCGAAUUAUA